AUGUCAAUACCUAAUGGAAAAAAUAUUUUACCAAUUCCAGAAGUAAAUAUAGUUUUUAAUUUAAGUAAUGAUCCUGCUUAUAAAUAUUCCAUAAUUAAUUUUUGCGAUAAAUCUUCUGAACCUAAAGAAUGGGUUAGUCAUCACUUAAAAAAGCAUGUAUUAUAUAUAGAAACUGAUAAUUAGAGAUUUGAAGUUAGUAUGAAUGAUGAAGAAGAUAUGAUUCUUGUAAAUGAAUUUGAUUAAUAUAAAUUGGUGAAGGUAAAAGAUCCAUUCUUAUAUGAUAAUGAAUUUAUGAAAAAUAAUAAUAUUCCUUUAAAUGAUAAAAAUGUUGAAGUUAUUUAUAAAGAUUUAGAUUGGAGCGAGUUUAAAUGGGGAACAUAAUAUCUUAAAGUAAGAGAUUUUGAAAUAAAUUGUUUAAAAAGCUAUAAAUUUUAUUAAAAAACAGAAUUAUGA